CCCAAGUUAUAGACCCAGCCCAUUAAUCAAAUCCUAACCCUAAGCACCCUUAAACAAAACUUCCAUCUCUCCCAUCUCACGUUCCGCAGCAGUUUCUCUUAUUUGGCUUACGCACAGCAACCACAUCACCACAGAAGUCUCUUCAUAUUCAUAUUCAAGAAAUCACAAGAAAUGGCCACAGCUAAGACAGUGAAGGAUGUAAAUCCUCACGAGUUCGUGAAGGCUUAUGCUGCACAUUUGAAGAGAUCCGGGAAGGUGGAGCUGCCGGAUUAUACUGAUUUGGUAAAGACUGCUAAAUUUAAGGAGCUAGCUCCUUAUGACCCUGACUGGUACUUUGUGAGGGCUGCCUCUGUAGCCAGGAAGGUAUACCUUCGAGGGGGUCUUGGCGUUGGUGCAUUUCGUAGGAUUUAUGGUGGAUCGAAGAGGAAUGGAAGUCGGCCUCCACAUUUUUGCAGGAGCAGUGGUGCCAUUCUUCGGCACAUCUUACAACAGUUGGAGUCAAUGAACAUUGUCGACAUUGACACAAAGGGGGGACGAAAAAUUACAUCUAAUGGUCGCAGGGAUCUUGAUCAAGUCGCUGGAAGAAUUGUCUCUCCAUGAACUCUUGUUUUCUUUAGUGGUUUAUAUUUUUAUUUUUUUGCUUGGUAGACAAUUUUGGUAACCUACAACUACUAAUUACAACUACUAAUUGAGAUUCUUAAAAAGCAUGUGUUGCUAAUAUCGUAUUUUAGUUUUUUUUAGUAGUUUUUAAAUAUUUUCUGUAUUUUACUUGGUGCGCUUAAUUAUUACUCGCUUGGUUUAUAAA